UGAUCCCAGCUCUAACAUUCGAGUGAAAAUGUGUGCGUGUAAGAGAUUUAUUUAUUGAGCGGCGACUUUCGGGCGUCCCGUUAAUCGGACUAACUAUUUUAUUUAUUUAUGUAAACAAACGCGAGCCGAAUUAAGUGCAAUAUAGAAUUAGCGGCUAUAUGUCAAGUGCAAGGAAUACGAAGACGGCGACCAAAAAGACUCACACUGACGCACACUAACACACGGGCGCGCGCGCUGCUGCGUCUGUGUGUGUGUGUGCCUGCCACUACUGUGUGUGUAUAAGUGUAUACAUCUAAGAAGAAGCAAGAACUCAAACUCAAGUGAACAACUCAAAACAAACUCAAAUGUCGGCGCAGGGUGAAGGGGGCGGUGCUGGCGGAAGCGGUGGCGGUGGCGCUGGUUCAGAUGGCGGCGGCAAUGCUGGGCAAAGUUCCACUGGGAGUGGCACAGUGGUGGUGACCAACGGUGGCAACUCGUCCGCCAAAAACCAGCUGCCUCUCACCCCGCGCUUCACCGCCGAGGAAAAGGAGGUCCUGUACUCCCUGUUCCAUCUACACGAGGAGGUCAUCGACAUCAAGCAUCGCAAGAAGCAGCGCAACAAGUACUCCGUCCGCGAAACAUGGGAUAAGAUCGUCAAGGACUUCAACUCGCACCCGCAUGUGAGCGCCAUGCGAAACAUCAAGCAGAUUCAGAAAUUUUGGCUCAACUCCAGACUCCGCAAACAGUAUCCGUACAGGGAUGGCAGCUCCUCAAAUCUCAGCUCUGGUAGCGCCAAGAUCAGCUCGGUAUCCGUGUCCGUCGCAUCGGCGGUGCCCCAACAGCAGCAGCAACAGCAUCACCAGCAGCACGACAGCGUCAAGGUGGAACCCGAGUACCAGAUUAGUCCCGAUGCCUCCGAGCACAAUCCCCAGGCGGACACAUUCGACGAGAUCGAGAUGGAUGCUAACGAUGUGAGCGAGAUCGACGAGGACCCGAUGGAGCAGCAGCAGCAGCAGCAGGAGGCUCAAGCUCAAGCUCAAGCCCAGGCCCAGGCUCAGGCUCAAGUGCAAUCCGCCGCCGCCGAAAUGCAGAAGAUGCAACAGGUGAACGCGGUGGCAGUGGCUGCGGCGGCGGCGGCCAAUGCCACCAUGAUCAACACCCACCAGAUAAACGUGGACCAGAUCAGUGCUGAGAAGCUGACUCUGAAUGAUCUACUGCACUUUAAGACCGCUCGCCCGCGCGAGGAGAUUAUAUUGCAGAUUAAGCACCCAUCAGAAGCUACCGCCACCCAGAUCCAUACAAUACCCACCCAGGCGCAACAGCAUCCAAUGGCCACGAUCACCGCCGGUGGCUACAAUCAGCAGAUCAUUAGCGAAAUCAAGCCGCAGCAGAUCACUUUGGCCCAGUACCAGGCUCAGCAGCAGCAGCAGGCCCAAGCGCAGGCUCAGGCUCAAGCGCAGGCUCAGGCGCAAGCUCAGGCACAGGCCCAGGCUCAGGCACAGGCCCAACAGCUUGCCCAGCAGCAACUGGCUCAACAUCAGCAACUGGCCGCCGCCGUCCAAGUGCAUCACCAGCAGCAGCAGCAACAACAGGCGGCCGUUGCCGUCCAACAGCAACAACAGGCAGCAGCGGCGGCAGCGGUUAAGAUGCAACUAACAGCCGCCACGCCCACGUUCACCUUCAGCGCCCUGCCCACAGUUACGGCUGCCACGACGGUGCCCACGGCAGUUCCAGUGCCCGUAGCCACUGCAUCAUCGACAUCUGGGAACUCAGGGGCGGUCAACACAUCAACGGCCUCCUCCGUGAGUAUCAACAAUACCAGCCUUGGCGGAGGGGGAGGAAACGGAGCCGCCAAUUCAUCUACUGUCGCUGCGGACAGCUUCGAAGAGCGAAUGAACUACUUCAAGAUCCGCGAGGCCGAACUGCGCUGCAAAGAGCAGCAGCUGUCCACGGAGGCCAAGCGCAUAGAGCUUAACAAGGCGCAGGAUGAACUCAAGUACAUGAGGGAGGUCCAUCGACUUCGAGUCGAGGAGCUCAAGAUGAAGAUACGCAUCCUGCAGAAAGAGGAGGAACAGCUGCGGAAGUGCUCCAAUUCAUGAGGUCUGGAGGACAUUAGCGACGCCGACGGUGACGGUGACGACGAUGAGGAGGACGCGGAUACCUACUUGGAUCGCUUCAACCCUGGGGGCUUUUAGUUCUUUAGUCUUAGGUCUACAACUAGCAUCUACUCCUAACCCGAAUCCCCCCCAAUUCCCCUUUCCACAUACAUUUUUUUGUUAAGGUUUUUUUUCUAGUUGUCGCGGGGCGGGGGACAACGGUGCGACUUUAGUCCAUCGCUGGCCAGGAUUACCGACUAAGCCAUCACUAAUUGUAAAUCGCAAUCAAUCAAUUAUACAGACACGCAAAAUACAGUGGGCGUGGCCAGUUAUUCCACGAUGUAAACUUAGGCAAGUCUAAUGUUACUAAAA